AUGGAUCUCUCCACACGAGCUUGUCUCCCGCUUCUUGAUAUAAAGAGGGACGGACGGCGCGGCGGGCGAGGUGCAGCGGAGAGGCGAGAGGCUCUGGGAGAUCGAUCGUCCGCCAGGGAGCUUGUCGGUGUGGAUGGGCGCUGGGAUGGCUCGGCUGUGUGUCACCGUGGCGUGAGACGAGGACGGCAGGUGUGGGAGCAGCCAAAGCCAGCGGAGCUCGAGGCGGCCAUGCUCUCAGAUUGGCCAUGCACGGUGCCAGUGGGAAGGGUUUUCUCGGCUACCAAGGACUGA